AUGGAGGAGGAAGAAGCAUUGAUGGAGGACAGUUUGAAUUCCCCCGCAUCUCCAGUGGAUAGCCUUACAACAAGUGAGGAUGAAUAUGAACGCCAGCAAAGGCGAUAUGAACGGAAGAAGAGGCUUGGUAAAAUGCAAUACUACGAGAACAGCCCAGGAUCAGUUAAACGGAGUAAAAAGUCCAGUCCUAGCGCGCAGUCGUACGAAGAACUUCAAAACCAGAGAGUGCUGGCGAACGUGCGGGAGAGACAGAGAACGCAGUCGCUCAACGAAGCCUUUGCGUCUUUACGGAAAAUUAUCCCCACGCUGCCAUCUGACAAACUGAGCAAGAUACAAACACUGAAGCUUGCCUCGAGAUAUAUCGAUUUCCUUUAUCAGGUACUUCAAAGCGACGACAUGGACAACAAGAUGUCGAGUUGCAGUUACGUCGCGCACGAGAAACUCAGUUACGCGUUUUCGGUUUGGAGAAUGGAAGGUGCCUGGGCAGUGUCUACCUCUCACUAA